CUCCGCCGGUCCAAUACUGCCGCGAGGCCUGAAUGACUGAAAAGGACUCUUGCUUGGUUGUCCGUAACUGGGUGUUUGUUCCUCAAAACUCUGGGUCUUGGGCUCCCUCUUUGCAUCUAGAACUAGUUCUGCGCAUCCAGUUCUGCGUAUCCAGUUCUUUGCAUAUCCAUCUUUUAACCUUGCUGCCCGCCCACACACAGCCAGCCAGACGCCGGUUCGGUUCGUCCCAUCUCUUAGCAGCUAGCUCCAAUUGCUACUCUAUACACUACCUCACUCUCACCAUUCUCACCAUCCUCACCUGGUGAUAACAAGCCGUUCUCUUUCUUUCUCUCUCUCCGUCACCCUCUUCGCCUCGCCACCCAUGGGAUCCUGCUGCUCGACCUCGGACAACUCGUCCCAGCACGAACUCGACCAACAACCCCGCCCCGCGCAGCCGCCGCCCUCCAACAUGCCGCCCGCUCGCGACCACGUCGUCAGCCUCGACAAGAAAUGGGCCUACCACGCCGUCGACGGCUACGAGCUCAACAACAACACCUGGGGCCUCGAGAGCGCCACCUCGGGCUCCCAGCGCACUCACUACGACGGACCCAGCCCGCCCGGCGCCUCCGGGGCCGUCGGCAUCGCCUGGUCGACCGACUGGGAAUGGCAGGGCGGCGAGAACAACGUCAAGUCGUACGUCUACGGCGCGCGCCAGUUCGAGCGCCGCCUGCUGAGCGAGAUCCGCGCGCUGCCGACCGAGGCCGAGUGGCACUAUAGCACGUGGGAUGUGCGCGCCAACGUCGCCUACGACAUCUUUACGGACCCGGACAAGGACCACACCAACAGCAGCGGCGAGUUUGAGGUCAUGAUCUGGCUGGCGAAGCUCGGCGGCGUGUGGCCCAUCAGCGAGUCCAAGGCGCCCAUCGCCCACGUCGACAUCUGCGGCCACCAGUGGGAGGUGCACUUUGGCUACAACCACGGCGGCGCCAUGAAGGUGUACAGCUUCCUGCCGGUCAACGGCCCGAUCCAAAACUUCAGUGCCGACGUGAAGCAGUUCUUCGACUUUUUGAGCCACCAGUUCCAGUUCCCGCAGCACAACCAGUACAUGCUGGUCUACCAGCUCGGUACCGAGGCGUUCACCGGCGGCCCUGCCGAGUUCGUGGUGCCCAAGUUCAUUGCCGACGUCGUCUGAGGAUGAGUCGCGCGUGCGUGGUGUGUGUGCGUGUGUUUACAUGUGUGCAUUGUGCAAUGCGUUGCUUCAUGAUACCAUAGAGGAACCGUUAGACGGGUAAGUCUUUUUUUAGCGCGAUUUGCUCUCAGAACUUCUAUAGUCUAUAGUGGUAAUAAUACACAUUUUUGAU